AUGCGUUCUUAUUCUCUCUUCGCGCUUCUGGCUCUGCUUUCGCUGGCUGCCAGCUCGCUCGCUGAUGUUACUUUCGCGCCCAUCGAUUUCGGCCCGGUUGAUGCCAACGGUGUCCAAAUCAUUUCCAAUAUCCCUGAGGGCAGCCCUUACAACCUCCAGUUUUCUCUUGUCGGCGGCACUAUUGCCUGCUGCGGCUACGCGAUUCAACGUCGCAACCUUGACAGCACCAACCCUGCUGACUGGGCUGCCUUUAUCGACGAUCGUAUCGUGAUCAGCGCCGGUAGCGACUCUUUCGGCUACACUGCCACCGUGACCAUCACCGCUGUGUCUAGCGACACGACCUACCAGUACCGUAUUGCUGCCACCGACGGUGCCACCUCGUACUCUGAUGCCUUCAGCCUCGAGGUUACCACUUUUGGUGUCAUCGGCAAGGCUUUGCAGCUCAUGAAGGGCCCUGUUGGCUUUGUUGCCUACUGGACCCCCGCGCGGGUCGGCCCCAACAACCUGGUUGGCGUUUACGACUACCCCUCGUACACUCGCAAGCUGUUCACCACUGCUGUCGCCAGCGGUGGUUCGUACAUCAAGCUGUACCUGACCUACUCCAACCCCGGCGUCUCCACUGCCAUUGUUGCUCAGGACAAGCUUGGACACAACAGCUUCUGGUAUGUCUACGACCAGUUUGUUGAAGGCAGCUUCACUGGCGUGCUCUUCCCUUCCGCCUCUGUCGACUCUUUCCGCAACGCAAUGAUCAGCUGGCUUGCCCCUCUUCUGAAGGCUGCUGGCAACUCUGCGCACGACUACAAGGUCGAAAUCGCUCGCAUGGGUACCGCCAACUCUGCCGCUGCUCGCACCUUCCUCUUCUACGCCCGCGACUACCACACUGGUCAACUCGCUUCGAGCACUGUCACCCUGGCUGCCCUGACUGCCGGUGGUGUCAGCGUUGGCAGCGCGUUCACCGUCCCUGGCUACGGUCAAGUCGCCACCAACACUGUCAGCUUGACUGCUCUCACGUACUCGGUCAUCCGCUCGGCCUCCACCACCAACAGUCUCAACGGUGGUAGCAGCUACUUGGGCUUCAUGGCCAGCGGCGUUGUCGGUCGCUCUGCGACUGGCUACACCACUGCCCAGCCUCAGCUCUGGAUGGCAAACCUCAACUUUGUCCAAGCUGAACCGGCGACCUCGGAUCAGCUUAUUUUCGAGGCGGUCACUGACGUCGUGGUCUCGGAGAACGUUGCCACCCCGUUCCGCUCGCGCCAGCCCUACCGCUUGAGGUCCAACACUGGUCUCUACCUGGUUGUCAACAACGAUUACACGACGACCAACGGCUUUGCUACUCUCAGCACCACCUCCACUGCCAGCGCCGCUACUGCCUUCGUCAUCGGUGACAACACUGAUGCUCGCUAUUUCCUCACCGAUGCUGCCCAAGACGUCGUCGGCACGGAUGAUGGCAACCUGAACGUUUGGGCUGCCCCUCCUUGCGUGGAGCUCGCCGUCGCCAACUGCCGCAACGUUGAAGACGCUCCCCAGUACCGUCGUCUUGAAUUGGACCUCGGUGGCACCUUCUCGGUUGACAAGAUCUCCAUGUGGUUUGACUUUUACUCGGUCUCCAAGCCCCAGACCACCACUCCCUUCGUGUCCAACUCGUGGCCCUCGACUUCCCGAUUCCCCAGCAACAUUACCUCCGCCACCGGCCAGAACAUUGAGCUUUGGCUCAAGAGCGAGACUGGCGACUACGUCGACUUUAGCGCUGCCCUUGACGGUGCUGCUUUGACCAACUGCGUGAAUCGCCGUACCCCCAUUGCUGGCCUCACCUGCCAGCUCACCUUCACCAUUGCUGCCUAUGGUCAGGCUUCCCUUGGUCUUGUCGGCAACGUUGGCUACCGCCAUGUUCGCAUCGUCCUCGACGGUCUGCCCACCACUUCCGAGUCCCAGAUCUUCUACCGCACCCACGCCAUUCGUGACAUCCAAGUCGCUGGUGGCUGCAACUGCAACGGUCAUUCGUACAACUGCGACCUGCUGACUGGUGACUGCUCUCCUGCCGGCACUGCCGGUUGCCAGCACGACACGGCUGGUGUUUCGUGCGAUACCUGCGCUCCUGGUUUCUUUGUCAACUACGGCAACAAGCCGAUCACUGUGCCCCCGAACACCGAGUACACUUGCACGUCUGACGUCUCCACUGUUGUUGGCAGCAGCGGCAACUCAUUCCAGGUGACCAACUGCGACGGCCCUAGCUUGCCCGAUCUCGGCUAUGUUGGUCUUGCUGAAAUCCCCGAUCGCAGCGAGGCUUUCGACGUUUACUUCUACGACGGCGGUCCGUGCGUGGGCUGCGACUGCUACCUCCACGACAACUACACUUAUGGCGUUCCUGGAGAUCGCGGCUGCGAACAAGUCACCGGUGAAUGCCACUGCCACCCGUCCACUUUGACUGAAGGCCACAACUGCGAGCUCUGCGAGGAUGGUGCCUGCCGUACCUCGACUGACUUGUACCAGACCUGCGAGCUGUGCGUUUGCAACCAGCACGCUGUCGACACCACUUCCACUGGUGCUGACUCUUGCGCCAAGGACACCUGCGGCUGCAACUGCAAGCCCGAGGAUCACGUCACUGGCUUGCACUGCGAGGACUGCGAGACUGGCUACUGGUCCGUCAGUGGCUCUGGUCUGUUGGGCGACGUCUGCUUUGCAUGCGAGUGCAACGGCCACAAGCCCAGCGGCGACGGUGUCACCGAGGUCUGCGAUGUCACUGGCGGCAACUGCGACAUGAGCGGCGACCCGUGCAACGGCUUCACCACUGGCGAGCAUUGCGAGAAGUGCCUCCCCGGCUACUACCGCCCUUACAUUUCUGGCACUCUCGACGUCGAUCUGACUGACGACUGUAUUCCUUGCGCCUGCGCCAACCUUGCCGACCCGCUGACCUGGGGUGACGGCACCACCGCCAUCUGCGACCCCAACGGUGGUGUUUGCAACUGCCGCUCGUCUGCCAACGUUGUCGGCGAUCACUGCGAGGAGUGCAUUGACGGUUUCUUCUCCCCCAACUCUGGCCCCGGCUACACUGACACUGUCGGCUGCUCUGCAUGCUUGUGCAACGACCACAAGGGUGUCACCAACUACUGCAACCGUCAGGGUGGUGAGUGCAACGAAGGCCCUACCGGCGCUCCCGAUCCAUGCCAAGGCAACACUGAAGGCUCCAGCUGCGAGCUGUGCAAGGCCACCUUCUUCCGCCCCUACGUCAGCGGCACCAGUGUCGAUCUCACCGACGACUGCCAGUCUUGCGACUGCAACGGUCACUCCAUUGCCCCCAUUGCCGGCGUGGAUACUUGCAACGCUGAGGGCGGCUACUGCACGUGCGAUGGCGUCUCCAACUCGGAGGGCAACCACUGCGAGUUCUGCAUUGAGAACUUCUGGAACGAGUUUGGCAACUCGGAAGACGGCCGCAUCUGCGCGCCCUGCGCCUGCCACGGCCAUUCGACCACUUGCUCGAACUUUGGUGUCUGCUCGUCCUGCUCUGGCAACACUGAAAACGGCGCUGGCGACUCUUGCGACGAGUGCGUUUCUGGAUAUCGCCGCAACACUCAGAUCAACCCCGCUGACGCUGGCAACCCGACCGUGAUUGAAGAUGCCCGCUUUGACACUUGCACCCUCUGCACCUGCAACGGUCACUCGACCACCUGCGACUCGUACACUGGCUCCUGCACCAACUGCGAUGGCAACACCGAGAACGACGCUUGGCCCAACGCUUACUGCAACCGCUGCGAUCCCACCUUCUACCGCCAGAUUACCGGCUUUGUUCCUACCGAUGAUGUCUGCAAUGUUUGCGGUCUGACCGGUGGCUCGUGCGAUGUUCACACUCUUGCGGAUGACUGCUUGUCUUGCGCCGAUCAGUGCUUCGGCCCCAACAAGGAGUGCGUUGAGACCACUGGUGAGUGCACCAACUGCGCUGCUUCCAACGCCAUCGGCCGCCGCUGCGAGCGCUGCGCACCCGGUUUCUACGGUGAUCCCACUCAGGGCAUUCCUUGCGUCGCUUGCAAGGGCGCCUGCUACCACACUGUUCCCCAGAUUUGGACCGACACGACUCUGCUUGGCCCCAUCCUCUCUUGCGAGACUGCCAACUACCCCGAGGUCCGCCAGUGCGUUCUCGACUACCCGCUUUCCGGCGACGUGAUCUCGGCUGCCAUUCCCCAGUCGGAUGCCGUCAUGUGCAACUGCCCCGAGGCUCCCGCUGGUCUCCAUGCCACUCUCGACACCAUCCCCCCGUACCUGAACCGCGACUGCAGCGCCUGCAACCCCUCCGGUUUCUUCGGUCAGCCCACUGUCUGCCUCACUCCCGGCCUUGGCGGCAGCGCCCUCGGUGACUGCGAUGCCUUCCACACUUGCAUUGAGUGCGGCUGCAACGGCAACAUCAACGAAGCCCUGGCUGCCAACAACUGCGCCUACGACGAUGCCAAGCCCUCUGACCUUUCCUGCAGCAACUGCGAAGGCCGCACGACUGGCGACUCUUGCGAGAUGUGCGAGUCUGGCUCGUACGGCAGCGCCACGCGCACUGACGUCUCGGGUGUCUACCCCGGCUUCCCCGUUGACCUUUCUGGCAACAACCUCAAGUGCUUCCAGUGCGACUGCAACGGUCGCUCGCUUGCUGCGUCGACGGUUGACAUUCUGAGCGACACCUGCACCACCACCUCGCCCACUACCUACUCCUGCGAGUGCAAGGAGCCCUACACUGGCGCGACCUGCCGCGAGUGCAAGCGCGGAUACUCUCCGAUCUACGACACUACCGAUGGUAUUGACUCUGCUCCUGGCUACGUUUGGUGCAAGCCCUGCCCCGACUGUAUUCUUGCCCUGUACAGCGGUGGUAUUGUUCCUCUUGAGGACGACGGUGCUCUGCUGAACGCCAACUUCAACUCGCUGAACACCUCCGUCGCCAACCUCUGGAUUGAGGUCAACAACAUUAACGCUGCCCUCCCCUACCGUGUCGCCGCCCUCCCGACCCUCCGCCGCGAUGCCGACUCUGAGGCUGCUGUUGCCAACCUCAUGGAGGAAGCCAAGGCUGCUCUCCAGGAGUCUAUUGCUGCCAACCAGAACAAGCUUGCUGACGCCGAGUCCAAGCUCAACGAGCUGACCGCCAACGUCAACGUUGCCAUUGCCUCCAUCAACGACAAGCUUUCCCAGGCUGACAUUGACACCAAGCUCACCCCCGCCGCUGUUCAGGCUGCCGAGCUUUCCGCUCAGCUCGCCACUGCCAGCGACAAGGUUGCCGCCCUCCAGCGUAACAUGCGCGACUACGAGGCUCGCUCGACUGCCUCCAUCAUUGAGCACCUCACCCGUCUGGUUGCUGCCGAGAAGGCCGCCGAGACCGCUGCUGCUGACGUUGUCGAGUUCAAGGCUGCCACCCUCGCUCGCCUCGACGCGCUCUCCCCGCUCUCUGCCUCGCUCGCGACCCAGGUUGCCUCCGUUGCCGACUCGUUCACUGCUCUCUCUGCCUCCAUCCACGCUGCCAUGGAAGACAAGAGCCGCAUCGUCGACGACAAGAUCACUGCCGUUGCUGCCCUCUCCACCCUCGUUGGUGACUCGCUUGCUUCCGUCAACGCCUUCCAAGCCGACGCUGAGGCUCUGAACGCUCGCUUUGACUCUGUCUCUGCCACCGUCCAGUCGCUCGUUGAGGCCUCGUCUGCCCUUCGUGCCAACGUCAACGCCCGCCUUGCCGCUUCCCGCGAGGAGAUUGUUGCCGCCACCGAGCGCAUCGCUGCUGCCCAGGCUGACGUUACCGCCCAGAUUGCUGUUGCCAAGUCCCAGCUCGGCGAUGGCAUUGAGACCAUGUCUGCCCAGUUCGCUGCCCGCCUGACCACCCUCCGUCAAUCGUUCGAGGAUGCCGUUGCCGCCGAGAAGUCUGCCCACGCUUCCACCGCCACUGAGAUCAAGUCGUUCGUUUCCUCGACCACCGAGGAGGCCCGUGCCCAGCUUGCCGACCACUCCACCAAGCUCGAUGACUUUGAGCGUCAGCUCAAGGGCAUUCAAGUUGCCAUGGACGAGAACGUUGACGAGCUCGCCACCAAGCUGUCCGCCACCGUCGCCCGCCUCUCCAACGUUGUCAGCUCUGCUGCCGCCGGCCAGUUUGUUCUCCCCGACGAGUUCCACGGCUUCAUCAACCGUGCCAGCUACGAAAUGUCGACUCUCCAGCGCACCAUCAAGUCGCGCGCUUCCCAGAUGGAGGGCUACCUCGGCUCCAACCUCCUCGCCCUGACCGCCAAGCUCAACCAGAUCCGCGCCCAGGCUGAGGUCGACAACGAGUCGGUCCGCCAGAACGCCCAGGUUCGCAUGGACGCCGCCCUCGCUGAGCUCCGCAACGUCAUCUCCCAGAUCCGCACCGAGCAGUCGUCCGCCAUCGCCGCUGCAGAGGCUCGCCUUGCCGCUGCUGUUGCCACCGCCGAGCAGUCCGUCCGCGACGGUGUUGCUGCCGCCCGCCGCGAAGUUGCUGCUGAUGCUGCUGCCGUCAAGACCUGGACCGAGGACCGCAUUGCUCACAUCCAGGCUGAGGUUGAUGCCAAGUCUGCCCAGAUCUCCGAGUCUGCCAAGACUGCCGCCGACCGUGCCAAGCAGGUUGCCACCUCGACCAUUUCCACCGCCAGCCAGGAGAUUGCCCGCCAACGCGAGCUUGUCCUUGCCCCUCUUCGCACCGAGCUUGCCUCGACCCUCAAGUCGGUUGCUGAGGUCUCUGCCUCCCUUUCCAGCCUCGACCAGGCUUCCAAGCGCAUGGCCAACAAGGUCCAGACCGUUGAGGCCGACACUGCUCUUGCUCGCGCUCAGCUCAAGAACCUCCAGAACAACCUCAAGGCCUUCCUGUCCAUCCCCAGCUCUAUCAACAUUGCCGAGGACUUCUCCAAGACCGUCUCUCCCUUCACUGGUGACGCUUCCUUCGUCGCCAAGCACCUGCACCCCGGCUGCCGCAACGGCUCGAACCAGCCUUGCCCCGCCGACCAGGCUGACGCCGCUGUCGCCGCCGCUGCUCCCGCUGGCGCCUCUUCCUCGUCGUCCUCUUCCUCCAGCAGCGACAACAACGGUCUUGUCCUGAAGGUGGCGCUCCCCGCGACUGCCUUUGUUGCCUUUGUCGCCCUCGUGGUUGCUGGCGUGUUCUACCGCAAGUACCGCGCGGCAUCUGCCAACAACGGCUACCACCGCGUUUCCACCCACAUCUGA